GUGACCGAACAAGGUGCGUUUCCACUAAGCAGCGUCACGCGGCAUGCAGUGCACUGUGCAAAUUCCCUGCGGAAAGACGUCUUAAUAUAAAUAUACCCAUCUGCACGGGUACAGCGUUUUCAGCAUGGCUGGUCGAAAUGUAGCUGAGAUUACUGUGUUUCUCAUUGCAUUGCUCUCGUGCGGAUUUACACAUGCCGCAGAUAGACUUCCCAUUUCUGCUCAGUUGACUCAUAUGCAGUCUCAAAUUUAUAUACUUCGUCGGGAUGUGGACCAACUGCUAGCGGAACUACAUAGAACACGAGACCCGGAACCAGUUAAUCCAGAAGGUGAUGGCAACGUGUAUGCUCAUUGUAGAAUGGUUCCCAAUGGCAUCUAUGACCCAGACACGUAUGAGCCUAUCGUUGGAGACAUCAACAUGAGGCAAAGGGCAGUUGGCGGUCAGAUGGACGUCAAGGUCUUCCUAUACGGGUUUAUGACUCCUAAAAGCGUGCAUGGCAUACAUGUUCAUACCUACGGCGACUUGGGAAACGGUUGUGGGUCAGCUGGCGGUCAUUAUAACCCGGGUGGAAACAAUCACAGCGCCCCCUACGACAAAGAUAGGCACAUGGGUGACUGGGGUAAUAUCCAGGUGGAUGACUUCGGCAUGGUUGAACAUACUUUUUCUGACAAGGUAGCGACUCUCGUCGGGCCUAACUCUAUUCUUGGACGAACAAUUGUGAUCCACAUUGGGGAGGAUGACCUGGGUAAAGGAGGCACGGCAGAUAGUAAGACGACUGGCAACGCUGGAGGGCGCCUCGGGUGUUGUGUUAUCGGUCAUUCGGACGGAUCAGCGUGGGCAAAUUUCUAAAAAACAGCGGCAAAUUAUCACCAACUGUAGAAUGAGCAUUUCCUUUCUUUUCAUUUCUUUUUUUCAGGUUUUAUUCGGAAGGCCACGCUUUUGCAAUUCAGUUUAAACUUAUUGUUUGGAAAAGUCAUCUUUACAUCCACAGUUUAACUUUAGAACUUUAAAAAAACUUACCUUGAAAACUAUGAUUUCAAUAGAUGCAUUCACUUGUGGUUAUUACUUAAGACGAAUAUUAGGUUUGAAGUACGUUGAUAGGCAACUAACUUUGUGAUAAGCUGAUUUUUUGUCCUUUCAGAAAACACUUCUUACGUCUCUCCAAAAGAAAAUAAAUUACGUCAGAAGGAAGGUUUUCGGGCGUAUUUCUGUCUGUGGCUUUUCGGCCACACGCUCAAAGUCAUAAAUACCCCUACUUAAAAAUAUUAGGACAUAGAAAGAAACCUCGCCAACGAUCGCGCCAGACAUUAAAUUGUAGCUUGAAUUGUUCUUUUGUCACCUCUUGUUUAUUAAUUUUUUUGGGGAGGGGGAUGUGAUGGCUUUCGCUGAUGUAAACAUUUUCUGCAAAGUAUUUUCACCCCUGCAACCAGGCCUGUAUGAAGAAACCGAUCGUCAUUUUUAAAAAGGAGAUACGUGUAUAUACCUCCACUCCACUGCAAAAAGAAGUAAUCUAAGCUCUGAUUGUUCCCGGUUAUUACAGAAAAGAAAGCUCGUGUAGCUGCCCAAGGCUGGGACUCUUCAUGUCGCAAACCUGCAUCAAGUGCACCUACAGCGAAACCC